AUGGCUGGAACUGCAAAGGCGAAGGACCAAGUCCUGCGGCAGAAGCGGAGCUACGGCUUUGUAACCAACAUCAAGGAUUAUUGCACCAAUUGCACACUGGCAGGAUUCGCCUACAUCGCCAACUCGAGACUGCACUUCACGGAACGCAUCUUUUGGCUGAUUUGUGUGUUCAUUUCGUCGUUGGGCUGCUACCAACUGAUCAUGGGAUACCAGCGGAGUUUUCCCACACGAGCUGUGAGCAUUGUGUUCGAGAGUCUGCCGCCGUUUUCCAAAUGGAAAUUUCCCGCUGUUAGCGUCUGCGAACUUGCCUACCGCGGAAAUUUGUUCUACAAAUUCGAGGAAUACAUAAACAGCUUGGGCAAGGACGUAGCCGGGGAUUACCCAUAUGAUGUGGAGACCGGUAUAUCGAUCCUUCUGUUUCCUGCUUUGUAUAAUGAGAACGGAUUGAAGGGAAAGUGUGGAGUGGUGCACAAGAAUUGCACAGAAGCAUGUGCAAAGUGUCCUUCGGACAACUUCCGGCAAAUCUUAACCUGGUAUGGCGCCAACUGCUCGGAUCUGUUUGUGGAGUGCAAUCUAUCCCACAAACCCUUCGACUGCUGCCGCUACUUUAGACCCCUUUUGACGCCAUUUGGCCGCUGCUAUAUGCUCAACUCGCUGCUGAACAAUGAACCUGGCUCGAAGUACUGGCUGCCCAACGAGCUGGAUCCCGCCAAUCAGAAGGCUGUGAUAAAUGUGAUCACCCAUUUGGAUGUGCAAAUAAGCGUGAUAAAUGCGGAGGAUAUUCCACAUACGGCCUUCUUUCCCCCCGGAAUUCCGCUGAUUACCGAAGGCCUGAGCAAGUAUAUGCAAUUCAACCAGAUCGUAAUGAAGAACGAUCCGGAUGUUAAGGACGUUGAUCCGAAGAUCCGCAGCUGCUUCUUCCCAGAGGAGAUACCGCCCAACAGCCUGUACAAGUCCUACAGCUUCAGCGUCUGCAUCACCGAGUGCAUCAGGGGCUUGCAGAUGAAGGCCUGCAACUGUACGUCAUUCCUGUACAAUCCCAAUGCCGAUCCACGGUAUCCGGACUGCACUCUGGCGGGAUUCUUGUGUCUGGAGAAGACGCGUAUGAUCAAGCCCGACUCCAGGGUGCUGGUGAACAACAACAAGGGCAACAAUGCCAGUUGCGGCUGCCUGCCGUCCUGCAAUGAUGGCGACAUUACUACCAUUUACGAGCCCCAGUUAUUUGUCAGGAAUCAAAACAAGUACUACAACGGCACUCUGGACAUGCCUUUCCUGCCAACGGAUCAGUAUCGCCGCCAGUCCCUUCGCACGCCUCUGGACGUCGUGGUCUCCAUGGGCGGCAUGCUCGGUCUUUUCCUGGGGGCCAGCAUCCUCAGUGCCAUCGAGUUUGUCUACUAUUUCACAGUGCGACCCCUUAGCAACAUGCUGGGCUCUCGCGCCGCUCGUGCGUAA